AUGCCCACACCACCACGCACGCUCCUCGUCUGCGGCGGCUCCGGCUUCCUUGGAAGCCGGAUCUGCAAACUCGCCUCCUCACGCAACUGGCGCGUAACCUCGCUCUCGCGCUCCGGCGAGCCCGCCUGGGACAAGGCCACACCUCCCUCGUGGGCCAAAAACGUGAACUGGACCAAGGGCGACGUUAUGAACCCGGGGACGUACCAGGCGGCUUUGAAGGACGUGGACGCGGUCGUGCACUCGAUGGGGAUCCUGCUGGAGGCGGACUACAAGGGCGUGCUGACGGGGAAGGAGCCGCUGGUGGCCGGGCUCAAGAAGGCGUUCGAUUCUACCCGCGGCGGGCCGGAGAAUACGGUGCGCGCCGGACAUGCCGCGUUGAGCUAUGAGACUAUGAAUAGGGACACGGCGGUGACUCUGGCCGAAGAAGCCGUCAAGGCGAAAGCGAAAUCGUUCCUGUACGUCUCGGCCAUCGACUCGUUCGCUACACUGCCGGCGCGGUACAUAACGACGAAGCGGGAGGCAGAGUCGAUCAUUGAGCGGAUCGGCGCGAAGGAUAACAUGCGCACCAUCUUCCUAAGGCCGUCGUUUCUCUACGAUUCGUCACGCGCGAUCACGGUUCCGCUUGCGGGCAUCCUCGGCGUCGUGAGUGCGGUCAAUGGAUUGUUUGGGAGGAAGUUGCCGGGCCUGGGCGCCGCGGGGUAUAAGCCGCUCGCCGUGGAUGAUGUGGCGGGCGCGGCGGUCAAGGCGCUCGAGGAUGAGAGUGUCAGUGGACCCGUGGAUGUGGAUGCUAUUCAGACGCUUGCGCAGAGGGUCUGGAGGGAGGGAAUGCUGUGA